AUGAUAUCAAAUAAUGGACUGAAACGUAAAUCAUCAUUGUUAGCAUUAGAUAAUAGUAAUGUCACAACAGUGCCUCACCCAAAUCCUACAUCGACAUUAACAAAACGAUUCCGCGGUAUUGCAUAUGAUGGAAAAAUCAAUCAAAAUGAACAUCGAAUGUCUCUGCUGGCAACUAAAGUAAAGAGUGAACAUGAUUCGAAAAAGAUGACAAUUUGCAACGGUGAAUCCAAAAAUACUUAUCGACGAUUGGACGAGUCAGAAAUGAGUCCAAGCAUGCUGGCAGAAUAUCGUCGUCUUCAACAUGAAUUACAAUGUCAAGAAGCUUUACUCAUUCUUAUGCAGAAACUUAAAACAAACCAACGACUUGUACCACAAACAAAUAACAAUAGCAAUAACGGUAUAAAACAACGAUCAACACCAGCAAUUCCGUCGACAGCCACGAAACUAAAUCAACAAAUACCCAUAACAGAUGGAAAAACUCCAUUAACAGCGACAAAGCAACAAGCGAACAAUUCGAAUCGGUCAACACCAACAAAACCACCACACCCUAACCAAUAUACAGUCAAUCGUUCGAAUAAUAAUGCACAAAUCUCACAACAGUCGUCAAAAAAUUCUCUAUCAGCACCUCAGGCAACACGUCAGUCAAAUAAUACCAAUAAUAACAGCACAGUACCAGCGGCCGCUACACGUAUAUCAUCGACAGUGCCAACGUCAGCGACAAAAAAUUCGUCGGUGAUAUCCAAUUCAAGCAGUUCAUCAAAAAGUAUAUUCACUAACGAAAUUAUUCAUCGGAAUAAAUCAGUUUUUUUGAAAGUCGAAAUCAUUGCUGCAUUGAAAGCACCUGUUGCAAGAUCAUAUCAUUUAAUUAAAACCUGA